AUGGAUGAAGUGAAGGAUACAUUCUUCAAUGCCUUAAAGGCAAAUUUGAAAGGUGUGACUGUCCUUACUUCAAUAAUAGAGAAUGUGGAGGAUGGGUAUUUAAGUGAUCACGAUCUUGAUGAAUACUUUGCUGAAGAAGUUGAUGAAGUUGUAGAAAAGAUGAAGGAAGAGGAGAUGAAAGAAGAAGAGAAAGAACAAAAAGAAGAAGAAAGUGAAGACAAGAAGCUGGAAGAGAAGAAAAAUGAAGAAACUGAAGCAAGUGGAGAAGAAGAGAAAGAACAACAAGAGGAGAAGAUAACAGAGAAUGAAGAAAAGGAAAAAUUGGAAGAAGAAGGCUUGGCCACUGAUGUGGCAGAAGUGGAAAAAGAAGUUGACGUGAUGGGUAUUGUGAUGGAGCUUAAUGGUGAGGUUGGUGGCGAUGAGUAA